UGACAGCGUGGGGGAAUGAACUCCGAACAUGUAAACAGAGGCUGCGGCCUAUUAGGAAACAUCUUGCCCGUGAAAACUGCUGGGCUCUCAUCGAUUAUGACAUUGUUCAUAUGCUGAGGUUUGAUAACACAUAAUUUCACAGUCUAGAAGACACCCGCGAAUUACGGUCACUCAAAAGGACUGCAAAUACGACGAAUUACCAAGCUAACACGUCUGACUUCGCCCUAUGACACAUCACCAUUACAGUUACUGGCGAUGUUAUUUUAAACUGGCUAGCGAACAUUUCUAUUAGGCUCUCAGUCUAUGGGCUCUCAGUCCAGUUCUGGGAUGUCCGGUCGGGGCUCCAGCGGCAACCCAGACCAGUCGGAACCGGAGGAAACCAAUCGGAAUACGAACCAACGAAGCCGCAGACAGACCGAGGGGCAGUCGUCAGCCGAAGAGGACGUUGAUCUAGCUCAAGUGCUGGCGUACUUACUGAGGAGGGGCCAGGUCCGGCUGGUCCACGGCAGUGGGGUAACAGGUCUACAGCUUGUCCAGUCGUAUUCAGACUCGGACGAUGACAGCGAUGGAGCCUGGGAGAGUCGUCUAAGAGACCGCUAUAUUCCCCCCGUGGACUUGGAACCGGACACUCAGGAUGUGGACCAGAGUGAAAUCCGGACCCAGAUUCUACUGGCCACCGCUUCCUCGGGCAAAGAAGUCGCACAGAGUUUCCCCUCUAUGCUGAGACGGAGGGAGCAGGGCCGGUCGCUGGGCUCCAGUUUCUCGCAUGGAGAGUGCAGUCGCAUCUGCUCGCAUUUCCUGCCCAACCAUGUGGCCUACCAGGACACGUAUCAGCAGAAAGCUUUCUGUGGGGUGUACAGCGAUGAUGGCGACACCUUCCUGUCCGCAUGCCAGGACCAGAACGUGCGUGUGUACGACACCAGCAGGGGGCGCUUCGCUCUGAAGAGCACGGUGAAGGCGCGCGAUGUCGGCUGGAGCGUGCUCGACGUCUGCUUCACCCCCGACUCCCGCUCUGUGCUCUACUCCAGCUGGUCUGACUACAUUCACGUCUGCAGUGUUGAUGACGACAGUGAAACGCACACCGCUCUCGACCUAAACCCAGACGAGAGAAGGUUCUGCGUUUUCUCGCUCGCCGCGUCGACAGACGGCAAGGAGAUCCUCGGAGGAGCAAACGACGGCUGCCUCUACGUCUUCGACCGCGAACAGAACAAACGGACGCUCAAGAUCGACGCUCACGAGGACGAUGUUAACGCCGUGGCCUUCGCCGACGGCUCGUCCCAGCUGCUGUUCUCGGGCAGCGACGACGCCCUGUGCAAGGUGUGGGACAGACGGACCCUGCGGGAGGACCGGCCCCAGCCCGUGGGCCAGCUGGCCGGGCACAGAGACGGCAUCACCUUCAUACACAGCAAGGGCGAUGCGCGCUAUCUCAUCAGUAACUCCAAGGACCAGACCAUCAAGCUGUGGGACGUGAGGAGGUUUUCCCCAAAGGAGGGCCUGGCGGCCUCCAGGCUGGCCGUCACCCAGCAGAACUGGGACUACCGCUGGCAGCAGGUGCCCCAGAGAGCGCUGAAGAAGCACAAGCUGACGGGGGACACCUCUGUGAUGACGUACCGCGGUCACGGAGUGCAGCACACCCUCAUACGCUGCCGCUUCUCCCCCGCCUUCAGCACCGGGCAGAAGUUCAUCUACACCGGCUGCUCUACGGGCAAGAUCGUCAUCUACGACGUGCUGACAGGAGGUGUGGUUUCCAAGCUGUCUGACCACGACGCGUGUGUGAGAGACGCCAGCUGGCACCCCUAUAAGGACAACAUCGUCAGCAGCUCUUGGGACGGGGCAGUGAGGCUCUGGGUGCACAGACAGACUCACCCGUUCGACGAGAACCGGGAGCGGGAGCGAGUGUCCGUCGCGCAGGGAGAGCCGCAGGAGGAGAAAUGACCCAGAGCGCCCCCUGGAGGAGCCACGGAGCGGGCAGGGAGCGGGGCGGGGGGUGGCAAGACAAACCUCAUCGGUCUGCUCCGCACGUUUGAGCUGCGAUCACAAAGGGGUUUUAGUCCCACUUUCAGGUGUGUUUCUGCCUUUUGAGAAAAAGCCAUUUUAUGUCUACAUCUGCAAAACCACGGAAACUUGCAGUGUAACUCUGUUUAAGAGAUGAGGGACGUUUUUUUUUAAACCCUCUGCUUAAAGGAAAAACUAUAGCUCUUUGACUAGUUCUCAACUGAUUUAUAUAAUGCAAUUAAAACCAUGUACAUAGUGCUUGCUCCAAGAGCACUAACUGACAAUGGUUUGCUGAACCUAAAAGUGUAAAUAGCUACAGAACAGUGUGAAAAUGACUACCUGCAAUGUCUUUAAGUUGCUUUUUGAUAAAAGCAACAGCAGUGUAAUUUGAUUACGAUGUAGAAACUGGGAAAUCUGAAUAGACAUAAAUAUUACAAAUAUAAUUUCUUUUUACGACUAAUACUCUAUUCACCUUAAAAUCCAGUCCAUUAGAUUAAAAGAUUUAAAAAAACUUCUUUUGUAAACAAGUGUACACAUUUUCUGAUGUGAAGUUGUCAGUGGCAGUCGGUGUGUGUUGAAGAAACGUGUGCAUAUGAUGUUCACGGCGAGGGGUAUGGGUAAUGCACGUGUGCGAACGUGCGUUUGUGCAUAUGCGAGUGUGCAGUCCUGAAUGUGUUCUGUUCAUCGGUGUCUGUUUCACUCACAUUAGCCAUGUUUUACCAGAAUAAUAAACAAAUGUUAUUGUA